CUUCUGACCAAUCGCGUGGCGUCAUUUCAUCACGUGAUAUCUAUUUCCCAGCAACGUCAAACAAUGGCGUGGUGCGUGACUGUGCGGCCGGGCGAUGGCUGAGGAUGGAGUUAGAUCGAUUUUUCACGGCGUUUCUACACGAUAAAGUACAAAAGCCACCCCACUACCCAGCAGAGUCAUGAGUGACACGUACGAGGACACCGCUACCCAGGAGCUGGGCAUCUCCGACGGAGACGAUGCCGAUGGCGAAUUUGACGCUCCGCCAGACGAGCGCGCUCACUCCCAGCUAACUGUUGAAAACGUUCAGGAGUUUGAGCGGCAGAUGCGCCGGGAGAGCGACGAACGUUCGUCGCGUGCGAGUAGACGCACGCCGGUUCUCACCCCGAUUAACGGGAAACCACGGACUCCAAGUGCGAAAGGGAGUUUACAGGGCGGAAAGGAAAGCCCCAAACCGCUGCCACCGAUUGGUGUAGGCAGUUCUAGUCAAGUUGCUAGCGAUCAACAAGAGAACAAGUCGUCAGAAAAGGAGGAGUCUACAGUCAUUGGUACAGAGAUCUCAGAGAGAACAGCAACUACAAGCAAAUCUGCUUCUGCUCCCAGAAUUCUAUCCUUCAGAAGAGAGUCUGACCUGUCACAAGAUGCAGCCAGUAGUUCACAAAGUGUUGCAACCAAAUCCCAGAAGCCGCUCGUUCACCAGUCAGCAGUGGACCGGUCAGACGUCCAGCUGGUCACCGAGGCCACUCAGACUGAGUGGAGCUGGCUGGAGGACAUGCGGUCAGUCGGCCGGGCAAGCAAGGAGCCGUCUGAGAUUCAAAGUGCAACUUUGUUAAGUGAAAUAGAAGAGAAGAAACGUGAAAUGGAGGCUACAGGUCCACCCAAGCUAAAGAAGCGCACUGGUAAGAAGCGGCGCACAUCUUCCCUGAGCCACUCCAGCCACCGCUCCAGGACCAGCAGUAUAUCAGAGUCAGAGGAGGAAGAGAUUGCGGAGAAGUCCGCUCCUGGGUCGAUCCCAGAACUGAGAUCCCAGCACACAGAACACGAGAUCCCCAUGUUGGAUCUCAGCUCCAGCUCCGAGGAUGAGAAUGAUUUUGGCUACUCCAUGCAGAAUGACAUGGUAUCCCAGGAGGCCAUGCUGCCCAGUAUCGGCCCGCCCGCCAUCUUGGAGUAUCAGCGGGAGACCAAGAAACCCGACAUCAACUUCGAGCAACUACAGGAGCUGAAGACUGCCACCAGUGAUGAGGAGGGGGGUACCGGGGAGGGUCUGUUCCAGGGGGUGUGCGAAUACUGUCAGAAGAAGAUCAAACCCAUCCCCACUAAGGAACAGCUAGAGACAGGGGAGCCUUCACAGAGUUAG